CGGCCCAGCUCCCGGCCCGCCCCGCCGCCCCGGCCCCCCGGAUCAGGGUAUAUAUUCGGAACGGGUGCCGGACGCCGAUGAGUGUCCGCGCCGUGGGAGCCGGAACCGGGCGGACCUGCAUCCUCGCCGAGGGAGGUGAGAGGCUCGCAGGUGUAGAAAUUAAACCCCUAUUCUCGCAAAGCUUGGCUACCAGAGCAUUAUGAACCUUAAUGACCUCAAAUGCAGGUUGUCCAAAGCUGGGCAAGAACAUCUGCUACAGUUUUGGAAUGAGCUGGAAGAAGCCCAACAGAUAAAACUUUAUGAAGAGCUCCAGGCCAUGAACUUUGAGGAGCUGAACUUCUUUUUCCAAAAGGCCAUUGAAGGGUUCAACCAGUCCUCUGAUCAAGAGAAAGUGGAUGCACGGAUGGAACCUGUACCUCGAGAGGUGUUGGGCAGUGCUACCAGGGAUCAAGAUCAGCUCCAGGCCUGGGAAAGUGAAGGACUUUUCCAGAUUUCUCAGAACAAAGUAGCAGUUCUUCUUCUAGCUGGUGGACAGGGAACAAGACUCGGCGUUGCAUAUCCCAAGGGGAUGUAUGAUGUUGGUUUGCCAUCCCACAAAACACUUUUUCAGAUUCAAGCAGAGCGCAUCCUGAAGCUACAACAGUUAGCUGAAAAAUAUCAUGGCAAUAAAUGCAUUAUUCCAUGGUAUAUAAUGACCAGUGGCAGAACAAUGGAAUCUACAAAGGAGUUCUUUGCAAAGCACAAGUACUUUGGUUUAAAAAAGGAGAACGUAAUCUUUUUUCAGCAGGGAAUGCUGCCUGCUAUGAGGUUUGAUGGGAAAAUUAUUUUGGAAGAGAGGAGCAGUGUUUCUAUGGCUCCAGAUGGGAAUGGCGGUCUUUAUCGGGCUCUUGCAGCCCAGAAUAUUGUGGAAGAUAUGGAGCAAAGGGGCAUUUGGAGCAUUCAUGUCUAUUGUGUUGACAACAUAUUAGUAAAAGUGGCAGAUCCACGGUUCAUUGGAUUUUGCAUUCAGAAAGGAGCAGACUGUGGAGCAAAGGUGGUAGAGAAAACAAACCCCACAGAACCAGUUGGAGUGGUUUGCCGAGUGGAUGGAGUCUACCAGGUGGUAGAAUAUAGUGAAAUUUCCCUGGCAACAGCACAAAAACGAAGCUCAGAUGGACGGCUGCUGUUUAACGCAGGGAACAUCGCCAACCAUUUCUUCACUGUCCCGUUUCUGAGAGAUGUAGUCAAUAUUUAUGAACCUCAGUUGCAGCACCAUGUGGCUCAAAAGAAGAUUCCAUAUGUGGAUUCCCAGGGGCAGUUAAUUAAGCCGGACAAACCAAAUGGAAUAAAGAUGGAAAAAUUUGUCUUUGACAUCUUCCAGUUUGCCAAGAAGUUUGUAGUAUAUGAAGUAUUACGGGAAGAUGAGUUUUCCCCGCUGAAGAAUGCAGACAGUCAGAAUGGGAAGGACAACCCAACUACUGCAAGACAUGCUUUGAUGUCUCUUCACCACUGCUGGGUCCUCAAUGCGGGGGGCCACUUCAUAGAUGAAAAUGGCUCUCGCCUUCCAGCAAUUCCCCGCUUGAAGGAUGCCAAUGAUGUACCAAUCCAGUGUGAAAUCUCUCCUCUUAUCUCCUAUGCUGGAGAAGGGCUAGAGAAUUAUGUGGCAGAUAAAGAAUUCCAUGCACCUUUAAUCAUUGACGAGAAUGGAAUCCAUGAGCUGGUGAAGAAUGGUCUAUGAACCAGAUGCCAUGUGCUACCAUAAUAGGAAUAGCUUUUAUUUUUGAUAGACCAACUGUGAAUCUAAAGGACCUCUCCUGGAAGACUGCAGUUUGAACGUCCACAGGGUUUCAUUUUGCUUGUUGAACCUUAUCACUACUACAAACGCCUCAAGAUCCAGGUGUCUGAACUUCAGAAAGCAUUUUAAUUAUUCUUAACUCAUUGAAGGUCUUAUUUAUGUUUUUUCAGUUGUAUUUUUUUUUCCCAAGCCAAGAAAAAUAUUGA